UCUCGUCCAUUUGACGCUUCGCGAUUUUCGGAAGCGUUGCUGCUCUGCCUGUGAGGAAAGAGUCGGAGAGAGAGAGAGGAAAGUUGAAGAAUCUCCCGCCUCGUCUCUCCGUCAAUCCUUAAGCUGACGCUUCUGCAAAGGCAAGAGCGGAAGAGAGAGCUCAGUUAUUUUUGAAUUUCCCUUUUUAUUCAAAUCAUAUCAGUGAUCAAUUGGCUAUGGCGGCCACUGCGACUGCAACUGCUCAAUCCAGUGGUCCACGUUAUGCGCCCGAAGACCCUACACUUCCAAAGCCAUGGAGAGGUCUUGUUGAUGGGAGCACUGGGUAUCUGUACUAUUGGAAUCCAGAGACUAAUGUAACCCAGUAUGAGAGGCCCGUUGCUGCCUCCCAUGCAGGCCAGCCUGCGCCACCGAAGUCUUCUUCUGCCUCGAUAAGUUCCUCGGUCCAAAUUCAUCAAUCUUCUCAAGGACAACAUCGUAGUAGUAGCAGCAUAGAAGAUCUGCGAUUCCAUGGCAACGCAAAUGGUGGGCCAAAACUUGCAGCAUCUCCUGGAUCGAGGAACCUUCAGAGUUCAAAGGGUGGUAGUGCAUAUCUGAAUGGAUCUAGUGCACAGGCUCCACGGGCAGCUACCAGAGGACAUGGAUCUUCCGAUACAGGGAGCGGUUUAUCUGCAGAGUCCUAUCGCCGUCAUCAUGAAAUAACUGUUUCUGGAGACAAUGUGCCUGCACCUUUUACAUCGUUUGAAUCUACUGGUUUUCCGGCAGAGAUUCUUAGAGAGGUACACCAUGCUGGGUUCUCUGCACCAACACCAAUUCAGGCCCAGUCAUGGCCUAUCGCUCUUCAAAGUCGUGAUAUUGUAGCAAUUGCCAAGACAGGCUCGGGGAAAACCUUGGGCUACCUAAUUCCAGGGUUCAUUCAUCUCAAACGCCGCCGUAAUAAUUCUCAGCUCGGUCCAACUGUUUUGAUACUCUCACCAACUAGGGAAUUGGCUACACAGAUACAGGAUGAAGCAGUAAAGUUUAGCAGAUCAUCAAGAAUCUCAUGCACGUGUUUAUAUGGAGGUGCCCCAAAACCUCCCCAGCUGAGGGAGCUGGACCGAGGAGCAGAUAUUGUGGUAGCUACUCCUGGCCGUCUGAAUGAUAUUCUGGAAAUGAGGAGAGUGAGCCUGUCUCAAGUAUCAUACCUGGUGCUUGAUGAGGCAGACCGCAUGUUAGACAUGGGUUUUGAACCUCAAAUACGGAAGAUUGUCAAGGAGGUACCUGCUCAGCGACAAACUCUCAUGUACACAGCAACAUGGCCGAAGGAGGUGCGUAAAAUUGCAGCAGAUUUACUGGUCAAUCCAGUCCAGGUCAACAUUGGCAACCUAGAUGAGCUUGUUGCCAACAAAUCCAUCACUCAGUAUGUUGAAGUGGUUGCACCAAUGGAGAAGCAAAGGCGGUUAGAGCAGAUUUUGCGUUCUCAAGAACCUGGGUCUAAAUGCAUUAUAUUCUGCUCUACCAAGAAGAUGUGUGACCAGCUUACUCGUACAAUAAGCCGCCAGUUUGGUGCCGCUGCCAUUCAUGGUGACAAAUCUCAGGGUGAGAGGGAUUAUGUGUUAAACCAGUUCAAGAGUGGGAGGUCCCCUAUUCUUGUAGCAACUGAUGUUGCGGCUCGAGGCUUGGAUAUUAAAGAUAUUAGAGGUAAUGACAAUGUUGCUGGUGGACAACGCUCACCAUACAAGGUUGAAGAGGAGGAGGAAGGUAUAAUCCCUGCUGAUGAAGACGGUAUGAUUCCUCCAGAUGACGAGGAAGGUAUGAUUGGUGGCGGGAGGUAAUUCUUCCAUGCAAGCAUGAUUAGCUUUUUUU